AUGUCUACUGUACGAAAUGUUAGUGCGGCAGGUUCAGAGUAUUCUGGAAAACAGAUUGAUGCUUUGAUAAAAAUUCAACGAGCAUGGAGACGCUACAUUGAUACACAAGUGUUUCGCUUUUAUCGUGAUUUGAUUAAUUUCCAUAACAAUGGUGAUCCAAUAUUCUUGAUGAAAACAAUCAAUCCUAUCGAAGCAAAAUAUGUUGAUUCAGCAGCUGGUAUCCGAUUACGAUUUCGAUUAGCCGGUGAACGUUUUCCGCCUACUAUAUAUUACAAAGUAUUCACAAAUCGUCCGAUACAGGAUUUAUGUUCAAAUGCUCCACGAGAUUACACAAAGCCCUAUCUAAGAUUAAAAAGUGCCACUGAUUCGAACAAUAAUGUGAAUCGUUUUCCUCUUGAAGAUACAGAAGGUUGGUACAAACGUAUUGAAAAUAAUGGGUGGCGGCCUGUCAGCUAUAAACAUUUGUUACAGUCAAAUGCUGAAAAUUAUUAUUGUUCACAUGAGUAUCAACAAAAACAAACAUUCGCACAUACGAAGCUUUUGAGGCGACAAGAUGUUGAACGUCGACGAAAACGAAAGAAGUUGCAAUGGUUACAAAAGAUGUAUUCAGCGGGUGUUCUCAAUACUCAUAUGUCGAAAGAUGGUGUAGAAGAUGGUGAAAUGACUCGUUUAAUAAAUGAAACAACAACAAGUAUAUUGAAAGUAUUCAACUCAUACGGUUCAGAAGCUGUUGAAGAUUGGGAAGUGGAUGAAUUAUUGGAAUGGACACAUAAUUUAAAUUUUGAUGAUUAUUUACUCGACUGGAGGACAUUGGGUACCAGUGGAUCAUCUAACGUUAUUUUUGGUAAUGUCUACUCAAACUAUUUUUUUAUACAUUUUAUUGUCUAUUUGAUAAUCUUUCUAGCCAAUAAUUAUCAUACGUAUGAGAGAGAUGUUGACGAACGUACAAACAGUAGUUUAACAGAAUCAAGACAUGUGUCAAUACAAGCAACAGUGCCGACAAUUGGAAGUGUUCGAGUUCCAUUAGAAGAACCGAGUUUUGAACGUACAACAACAACAGCUUUAUCACAACCAAAUAAUUAUAUUCAUUUUUUAAUUUCUACUAUGCAUCAACCAGCAAUUCCUGAGGGCGAUGAGGAAGGAGAUGAUUUCGGCCAACCCAUGACAAAUCGUUAUGUUGCCCCUGCCCAUGAUUCUGCACUAUCUCUUCAACCGAGAGAAGAUGAAGGCAUCGGACAAAUACCAACGAUCCAAAGUGAAAUGACAGCUGCUGGCGGUGUUGGAAUGACUACAAGUACACCACAACAAGCAGAAUAUAAAACAAAUGAAGAAAAAGGCUUAAUAAUGCCAGACAGUCAGGAUGAUGCUAUGAUACCAUCGUCUGAAUCAGCACAAACUAAUGAUGUUGGAGAACAAGGAGAAGGUAUAUUGAAGGGCAUACAAGAAGAAGAAGGUGGAUUUGAUGAAACGAUGGUACCCGCUAUUUUGGGAGAUCAAAAAGACGAAGCAUCCAAUGUCCAGUCAGAGUUGACUCCGGAUCUAGCAAUGAUAGGAGCAACGGCUGGCGUGCCAGCAGAAGAUGCACCACCACAAGACUUCACAGAACCAGUGAGACAGGAAGUGACAUCCGACGAUGCUAGACACGUGACAAUAUCUAGCCGCGAAAGAGCAUCAAGAAAUGUUGUUCCGCAAGUAGAAUUUUUUGAUUCAAUGGAACCCGAAGAAGUGGAAGAAGAAAAAAAAGAAGAAAGUCGCAGUCCUAGAAUAACCAGAGAAGAAAUUGUUUCAAGAUUUCAAGCAGCUGAAAUUGAACGUGAUCGUUUACGUCAUAUCAAUUUACAAUUACAACAAAGACUGGCAGAUUAUCUGCAUAAAAGAAAGGGUACGGAUGAUUUACCAACCAUAACGCAAGCGAAUGAAAGAUCAUCGGCUGAACAACAACAACGUUAUCAAAAACAUUUAGCUGAAAUUGAAGCUUUACAAGUGAAACUAAAACGUGAUCAAAACGAGUUUGAAUCACGUCGAUCAGAAAUAGAAAGUCAUAUUGAAACAAAAAAAAUCCGAAUUGACCAGUUGAAAGCCGAAUACGUCAGAAUGGUUAAAGAAAUUGCGUCAAAAGCUGUUUUCUCAAGAAGCGGGAAAACAAUCAGUACUCAAGAAAUUGAAGGAUAUUUGGCAGAUCUUAAAGCAAAAGAAGAAGAACUAAUUAAAACACGUCAUGAGAAUAUCCGUUUAAAAAAUCAGUUAAGAAAACGUGACCUACAAUUGAAAUCCAAAGAAGAAUUAGCCGAAGGGUUACAUAUGAUCGAUUUUGAACAACUAAAAAUAGAAAAUCAAACAUAUAGUGAAAAAAUUGAAGAAAGAAACGAGGAAUUGAUGAAACUUCGUAAAAAAAUUAGUACAACCGUUCAAAUUCUAAGUCAUAUUAAAGAAAAAUUAAGUUUUGUUAGUGAACAAAGAAUACAAGCUGCGCAAAUGUUAAGUGCAAAAGAGGAUGAAGUUAAAAAUCAACGUGAUGAAUUGGCAAAUACAAAGCGUAAACGUGAUCGUUUGAGACAAGAGAAUCAUCAAUUGAAACAGAAUUCUGGUCUAGUUGGUAAUGAAGCAUUAUUGAGAGACUAUGAAGAUCGAUAUGACGAGAUCGAACGUGUUAGUGAACAAUUGGAAAAUUUAAAAAAACGUCACGCUGAAAUAACUCUGAUGUGUAAAGUAUUAAAGAAAAAAAUUUCCAAAGUUUAA